AUGUCUUACAUCGCCGUCGUCGCCUAUCCGAAUGAGCCGGACACCGAGUUCAACACCGACUACUACCUCAAGAGCCACAUGCCCCUGGUGGCCAAAACCUGGGGUCCGCAGGGCUUGAAAAGCUGGAGGGUGAACAAGUAUGAGCAUGAUCUGGCCGGUGCCACCUCCAAGUACUUGAUCACGGCCACUUUGAUCUGGGAGAGCGAAGAGGCCGCCAAGAAGGCUGUCGCCGGCGAGGGCGCGCCCGUCAUUUUUGGCGAUAUCCCCAACUUUACCAACAAGUCCCCCAUCACUCUUGUGGGUAAUGAGCUGGCGAGCCAGAACAUUUAA